UGGUUUAAUCCGUUGAUUUGCAUUCUUUCUUCUCCGAUGAUUUACUGCAUUUCUUCGCGGUGCUUGUUUUGUCUAUCAUCUCACUAGUCAUUUGAAACCCAUUGAUAUGGGAUUUUCGCCAAGGUAGGAAUCUCAAAGGUUUCUUUCUGUCUCCACUUUGAAAGUAUGUUUUUUUCAUUAUGGAACCCUUUUUGUCUGUUUACCCUAGAAUUCAAGUGAUACUGCUGUGAAAAUUUGCUUUUUGCUUGUUCCUCCUAUCCCUAAGUGCUGAAAGUGUUGGUCUUUGAAUCUGCGGCUGAACCACAAAAGAAGAUGGAUCGUGUCAGCAAUCUACCAGACGAGAUUCGUUGUCAUAUCUUGUCCUUCCUUCCCACCAAGCAGGCUGCUUUGACUUCGGCUCUCUCCAAGAACUGGCGCAAUCUUUGGAAACUUGUUCCUAAUCUCGACAUUGAUGACUCUGAAUUUCUUCAUCCGGAAGAGGGUAAAGGUGAAAGGGAUGAGAUUCGUCAGAGUUUCGUUGAUUUCGUGGACGGUGUACUGGCUUUGCAGGGUGACUCUCCCAUUGAUAAAUUCUCCCUCAAGUGUAUAACUGGUGUUCAUCCAAGUUGUGUGAAUCGUUGGAUACGUAAUGUGCUGCAGCGUGGUGUUUCGGACCUUGAACUUUUCACUGAUUUUUCUUACGACGAUAUCGAAGAAGACGAUUAUAAUCUGCCCGAGGAGAUGUUCGUCAGUAAGACACUAGUUGAGCUGAAAAUAAGAAAUGAAUGUUGUGGACGUCGUAGAGGUGUUGACGCUGUCUUGCCCAUGCUUAAAACACUUGACAUUGACGCAGAAAUGAUUUUUUGUGGUGAGAUGGAGAGCUUUCUUCCUCGUUUCCCUGUGCUUGAGGAUUUACGAAUGGCUAAUAUGGAGUGGAUGGAUUCAGAUGUAACUGUGUCAAGUGCAACCCUCAGGAAACUAAGUAUCCACGGCACUGGUUGUGAAGGAUUCGUAAAUCCAAAGAGCGUUUCUUUUGAUACUCCAAGUCUGCUUUACUUUAACUACACUGAUUUAGUUGCGGAGGAUUAUCCAUUGGUUAAUAUGGAAAAUUUAUUUGUUGCCCGAAUCAAUCUUAUAUUAGUGACUGAAGAUCAGAUCAAGCGAGUAAGAACGCCUAACCAAUUUGGCAAUGUGGUGAAGCUCUUGAAUGGCAUCAAAAAUAUCCAGAAACUUUCCUUAACUGCUGAUACUCUCGAGGUGCUUUCUCUAUGCUGUGAAUCGAUGCCGGUGUUCAAAAACCUUAAAAUGUUAGGUAUCGAGAGUGAAGAGGGUCGAGGAUGGCAAGCGAUGCCAGUUCUUCUUAGGAACUGUCCACAUUUGGAAACUCUAAUCAUUGAGGGUCUCUUGCACUAUGAGACAGAUAAGUGCGGCGAUGCUUGUGACUGCAUUUCUCGGGAGGACAAAGGUCAUUCACUCACAUCUUGUCCAGUAAAGAUGUUAGAGAUUCAAAGGUUUCAAGGAACAAUGAAAGAGAUGACAAUGAUAAAACAUUUCUUGGUCUAUUUUCCGUGUUUGAAGGACAUGAAAAUCUGUGUUGCAGAGAAUGGUCCUACAGAGCUCAGUUUCCCUGAAGUGUCUAAACGUAUCCAGCAGAUGAUGGAAGAAUACAACGAGUCAUCGAGUUGCAAUGUCGAACUCCUUGGGAGUGAUAACUUGUCUGAGAAGUGGACUGCAGAAGGAAGAAUUCUCUGAAAAAACAAACCCCUUUGGAAUUUGACUUCGGUUCUUUGUUUCUGUUUUAGUUGGCUUUCAAAUCAAAGUACCAAACUAAUGCCAAAACCUUAAUUUAUUAUCCUCUUAUGCUUAAGCUUAGCUGAAUUACUCGACGUUUUGUUUGCUUC